AGUAAUGGAGGGAUUUGGAGGCUGACCUGGGCUCUGUGACACUUUUUGUAGUAAACUGAUGAAAGCUGUGUCUCAGAUUGAUGUUAGUCCAACACAUCAGAUAUAACCUCUGCAGCUCUCAGUUGAUUUGGACAUGAAUGCUUUGUGUUUCCUCUGCAGGUGAAGUUAGAAAGUGUGUGUGAGCUCAUGUGGAUGUGAAUUCAGCGGCAUGGAUCAGUGUGAGGACAGAGAGGAGGGAGUCCCUCCUUCUAAAACCACUCUGUGUGGGGAACAUGAGAGCCAGGCCAAAGCUCAGAGGAACCAACCUGGCCCUCCACCCAGCUCUGUAUCCGUAAAGAGCAACCGGGUGAAGGAUUUCUUUCAUAAUUACGGGGGGGCAAGGACAUCUGAGAGAAGGAUCCCCCAGAGACUCAAACCUGAACCCAGCUGUUUGUCAUUAAAGAGUGACUGGUCUAAAGCUGACCCCAUUAAUUUUACAAUCCAGUCUCUGUCUCCUGCAGAGAGGAGACAAAUGGCUCAAAGGACAUAUAGGAAAAAACAAGGAACUAAACAUGAACCUGAACCCAGCUGUGUGUCCUUAAAGAGUGACUGGUCUAAAGCUGACCCCAUUAAUUUUAAAACCCAGUCUCUGUCUGCUGCAGAGAGAGUGGACCAGGAGAGCUCAGAGGUUCCCAGUGGUCAGUCUGUCCAGCAGCAUCAAACACAACUGGACUCCAUAUUUAUGCUCCUGGAGGACAACAUCAUCACUUUUGUGAAGAAUGAGCUGAAGAAGAUCCAAAAGUUUAUGAGUUCAAAUUACCCAGAAGACAGUCAGAGAGAGGUUGGGGAGCUAUUGGAGAGUGAAGAUGAAGAGCAGAGGAGCAGCAGAGAAGCAUUUGUAAAGAUCACAGUGUACUUCCUGAGGAGAAUGAAGCAGGAGGAGCUGGCUGACCGUCUGUAUUACAUUUGUCAACGCAAGCUUAAAUCUGCACUGAAGAAGAAGUUCCAGUGUGUGUUUGAGGGGAUUGCUAAAGCAGGAAACCCAACCCUUCUGAAUCAGAUCUACACAGAGCUCUACAUCACAGAGGGAGGGACUGCAGAGGUCAAUGAUGAACAUGAGGUCAGGCAGAUUGAAGCAUCAUCCAGGAAACCACACAGACCAGAAAAAAUAAUCAGACAAGAAGACAUCUUUAAACCUUUACCUGGAAGAGAUCAACCAAUCAGAACAAUGCUGACAAAGGGAGUGGCUGGCAUUGGGAAAACAGUCUUAACGCAGAAAUACACCCUCGACUGGGCUGAAGACAAAGCCAACCAGGACAUCCAGUUCAUAUUUCCAUUCACUUUCAGAGAGCUGAAUGUGCUGAAAGAGGAAAAGUUCAGCUUGGUGGAACUUGUUCAUCACUUCUUUACUGGAACCAGAGAAGCAGGAAUCUGCAGCUUUGAAGACUUCCAGGUUCUGUUCAUCUUUGAUGGUCUGGAUGAGUGUCGACUUCCGCUGGAUUUCCACAAAACUACAAUCCUAACUGACCCUAGAAAGUCCACCUCAGUGUAUGUCCUGGUGAUAAACCUCAUCAGGGGGUACCUGCUUCCCUCUGCUCACGUCUGGAUAACAACACGACCUGCAGCAGCCAAUCAAAUUCCUCCUUGGUGUGUUGAUAUUGAGACAGAGAUCAGAGGGUUCACUGACCCACAGAAGGAGGAGUAUUUCAGGAAGAGAUUCACAGAUGAGGAGCAGGCCAGCAAGAUCAUCUCCCACAUCAAGACAUCACGAAGCCUCCACAUCAUGUGCCACAUCCCAGUCUUCUGCUGGAUCACUGCAACAGUUCUGGAGGAUGUGUUGAAAACCAGAGACGGAGGAGAGCUCCCCAAGACCCUGACUGACAUGUACAUCCACUUCCUGGUUGUUCAGGCCAGCGAAGUGAAGAAGGUCAAGUAUGAUGGAGGAGCUAAGACAGAUCCACACUGGAGUCCAGAGAGCAGGAGGAUGAUUGAGUCUCUGGGAAAACUUGCUUUUGAUCAGCUGCAGAAAGGAAACCUGAUCUUCUAUGAAUCAGAGCUGACAGAGUGUGGCAUCAAUAUCAAAGCCGCCUCAGUGUACUCAGGAGUGUUCACACAGAUCUUUAAAGAGGAGAGAGGACUGUACCAGGACAAGGUGUUCUGCUUCAUCCAUCUGAGUGUUCAGGAGUUUCUGGCUGCUCUUCAUGUCCAUCUGACCUUCAUCAACUCUGGACUCAAUCUGCUGCAAGAACAAGAAGCAAUGUCCUGGUGGUUUAAACCAUCUCUCCACCAGAGCGCUGUGGACAAGGCCUUACAGAGUCCAAAUGGACACUUAGACUUGUUCCUCCGCUUUCUCCUGGGUCUUUCACUGCAGACCAAUCAGACUCUCCUUCGAGGCCUGCUGAUACAGACAGGAAAAAGUUCUCAGACCAAUCAGGAAACAGUCCAGUACAUCCAGAAGAAGCUCAAUGAGAAUCUUUCUGCAGAGAAGAGCAUCAAUCUACUCCACUGUCUAAAUGAACUGAAUGAUCAUUCUCUAAUGGAGGGGAUCCACCUGUCCCUGAGAUCAGGAAGGCUCUCCACAGAUAAGCUGUCUCCUGCUCAGUGGUCAGCUCUGGUCUUCAUGUUACUGUCAUCAGAAAAAGAUCUGGCUGUGUUUGACCUGAAGAAAUACUCUGCUUCAGAGGAGGCUCUUCUGAGGCUGCUGCCAGUGGUCAAAGCCUCCAGCAAAGCUCUACUGAGUGACUGUAACCUCUCAAAGAGAAGCUUUGAAUCUCUGUCCUCAGUUCUCAGCUCCAAUUGUUCUAGUCUCAGAGAGCUGGACCUGAGUAACAAUGACCUGGAGGGUCCAGGAGUUAAUCAUCUAUCUUCAGGACUGAAUACUACACACUGUACACUGGAAACUCUGAGACUGAGUGGCUGUAACCUCUCAAAGAGAAGCUGUGAGGCUCUGUCUUCAGUUCUCAGCUCCCAGUCCUCUAGUCUGAGAGAGCUGGACUUGAAGAACAAUGACCUGAAGGAUCAAGGAGUAAAGCUUCUGUUCUCAGGUCUGACAAAUCCACAUUGUACACUGGAAACUCUGAGACUGAAUUGCUGCAAACUCUCAGAAAGAAGUUGUGAAACUCUGUCCUCAGUUCUCAGCUACCAGUCCUCUCAUCUGAGAGAUCUGGACUUGAGUAACAAUGACUUGAAGGAUAGAGGAGUUAAGCUUUUGUCGGAAGAACUGAAAACUCCACAUUGUACACUGGAAACUCUGAAUCUAAGCCUCUGUAGCCUCUCAGAGAUAAGCUGUGAAGCUCUGUCCUCAGUUCUCAGCUCCCUGCCAUCUAGUCUGAUAGGGCUGGACCUGAGUAACAAUGACCUGUUUGAUUCAGGAGUGAAGCUUCUGUCUCUUGGAAUGAAGAGUCCACACUGCAAACUGGAAGUUCUCUGUCUAUCAGGCUGUCUGAUCACAGAAGACGGCUGUCGUUCUCUGGCCUCAGAUCUGAGCUCAAACCCCUCCCAUCUGAGAGAGCUCGACCUGAGCUACAAUCAUCCAGGAGACUCAGGAAGAAAGCUGCUGUUGGCUGGAGUGAAGGAUCCAUGCUGGAGACUGGACACUCUCAGGGUGGAGCCUGCUGGAGUCCAAUGGUUGAGACCAGGUCUGAGGAAGUAUUCCUGUCAACUCACAAUCGACACAAACACAGUACACACAAACCUCCAAAUGUCUGACAACAACAAGAAGGUGACACAUGUGAAGGAAGUUCAGUCAUAUCCUGAUCAUCCAGACAGAUUUGAUGUUUAUCCUCAGCUGCUGUGUAGAAAUGGUCUGUCUGGUCGCUGGUACUGGGAGGUUGAGUGGAGAGGAUACAUUUACAUAUCAGUGAGUUACAGAAGAAUCAGAAGGAAAGGAGAGGGCAAAGACUGUUGGUUUGGAUGGAAUGAUCAGUCGUGGAGUCUGUACUGCUCUGGUGAUGGUCCUCGUCAUGUCAAGCACAAUAAAAGAGAAAUAUCCAUCUCCACCUCCUCCUCUGUCUCUAACAGAGUAGCAGUGUAUGUGGAUUGUCCUGCUGGCACUCUGUCCUUCUAUAGAGUCUCCUCUGACACUCUGAUCCACCUCCACACCUUCAACACCACAUUCACUGAAACUCUUUAUGCUGGGUUUUGGGUCUGGUCUGGUUCCUCAGUCACUCUGUGCUGAGUGUAAAGAGUGUCCUCCUGUUAGAGAAACUCUCUGACCGUUGAACAGUCUGUACAUGUCUGUUUCUUUCACUCAGAAACAUGUUUUCAAAUUCUUGGAUUCAAUCAGUUGAUGUUUGAAACUGUUCUAAAUGAUUCCUUGUAAACUUCUUCCUCUUCAGUCCUUUAAAGAUGGAAGCUCCCAUUAUUCCAGGAUGCACAUGUCUGUAUUUUUCCACUCAAAGCUUCACAGUGAAUAUCAGUAUGUUGUGUUUCUCUGAAGCUCAGCUCACAACCAGCUUUUAAGGUACAACUACAGUAUUUAGGGCUAUUCUUUCUCCCCACCAUACCUUUCUGACUUGGUUCAUAUCACCAUCCAUUCCCAGUGCCUCAAAUCAUCCAACUCCCUUUCUUUUUCUGUUCCUUCCUCUCGUCUUGUUACUAUGGGCACGGCUUUUAGCCGCUCUGCACCCCAACUUUGGAAUUCCUUACCCCCAGACCUGAGAAACAUUACCUAAUUUCCUCUUUUUAAGUCCAACCUCAAAACCCACCUGUUUAAAAUUGCCUACUCCUUAUAACCUAUCCCUAACCUUAAACUUUCCAUCUGCUACUCUUUUUAUUGUGUUUAUUUCAUGUUUUUUUUAUGCCCGUUUCA